AUGGCGUUACAAAUCUCAAAGGAAGACACUCAGGUGUUAUUGAAAGAUAAGAAUGUAUUGAUCGAACCAACAAUUGAGAAAUAUAGAACUGCAGGUCAAAUUGCUCAGACUGCUUUAAACUUUUUGAUCAGUUUGAUCAAUAAGAUGUAUCAUGAGAAGUCUAUGGAGCCGCUACCGAUUCAUCAACUUUGUUUAUUGACUGAUUCGUUCAUAGCCGAUUGUUUAAGUACUAAGUUCAACAAUAAGGUUAACGAGAAGGGAAUCUCAAUGCCAACUUGUAUUGAUAUCGAUGAAAUAAACGAGAACUGGUGUCCUGAAGUGGAUGACAUCGAAAACUUGUCCCGUUGGAACCAAAAAUCUAGAUCUACCAAAUCGAUCGAGCUAUGUAACGGUGUUACUUCUAGUUUGUCUGGGUUUUUGAAAGUUGGUGAUGUCGCUAAGAUCACUUUGGGUUGUCACAUCGAUGGGUACACUUGUAACGUGUCCCACACCGUGGUCAUUUACCCAACCGUUCAGGAUGCCCAAUCUGGAAAAUUGCUACCUGAAGCUGCUUUGCUAGGUGGUAAAGCUGAUGCUCUAGCUGCCACCCAUAUCGCUGUUGAGUCCGUCACUAACUUAUUAGCUGCUGCAAACGAUUUGACCAAACUUCCAGCUGAUUUCAACGCUACGAAGGUCACUGGUUCCUUGAUUAGGACCGUAGUUGACACCAUUGCUCAAUCUUAUAAUUGUUGCGUUGUGCCUGGUUCUCGUAUCAGAAGAAUCAAAAGAUUCCUUUCUGGUCAAAACGAAAAUAUCAUUGUCGAAAGAGACUUCAAAGGUGUCAUUUGGACUGAGUCUCAUCAGGAAGCUGCUAUGCUUGCUAGAACCGUCAAUGAAACUGCUGUUGAUGUCAAGCGUAAGAACCCAUUUAUCACCGAAGAUACCGUGGUCCCAACAGAUGAUUUUACCGUUGUCAAGGGUGAAGUUUACAUGAUCGAUUUGAAGUUGGCUCCAUUGCAAGGAUUGGAGCCAGGUUUGAUCACUUUACACACUGUCGAUCAAUUCUCCGGUAAAUCUGAAUCCUCUGAUGUGGUGGCUAGACCAGGUGCCAUCUGCCGUGAUUUUUCAAAGAGCCAUGUUCUAAAGUUAAGAGCUGCUAGACAAGUGUUGACCAGAUUGGAUAAACAAGGUGUAUACCCUACCAAAUUAGCUCAUAUCGCUGAUUCUUUCCCAUUGGACGUACAGGAGCCUGAUUUCGAAACCAUCAAGCAAGAAAUCAAGCCAUUCAGAUUAGGUCUUUCUGAAAUUUCUAACAACUACCUAACAAUCGACAGAGAUGUCACCAUCGUAAAACACGUUCCUUGGGCUAAGAUCUUGGAUCUAACAAACCCAUCCGGUGUGUCAAGUUAUGACGCCAUGGCAAAGAAUAAAGGUUUAUACCCAGGUUUCGAGCUUCCUCUACCUAAACUAGGUUUGUCCAACCUACAGUUGAAAUCCUUGCUAAAAAAACACUCUACGCCAGUUCCUGUGGUCCGUCAAUGUGUCACUGUAGCCAUCUGUGAUGAAGAGUUGCUAAGAAUCAGCGGAAACCUAAAAUCUAACUGGGUUCAUUCUGUUUACUCUAUGGAUACUGCAAGCAAUAUCGUUGCAGGUAUAUUCAAACUGGCUCAAUUGUCCGAGGAUAAGAGAUUUGGUUUGAAGAUCAGAGAAACUCAACCAUGGAAAAUGAAAUUCUAA